GAGCCUCAGAAACCAAAAAUGAGGUUCACUCUUACCUGUCGGUGCUUUGCGCUGUUCCUGCUUCUGAGUCAACCAACGGCAGUGAAUCCUGCCUCCGAAAAUGACACCGAGUCCACCCUGGAGCCCGAGCCAUUUCUGUAUGUCAUAGGACGCAAGAAGCUGUUGGAUGCCCAGUUCAGAUGCUAUAACCGGAUGGAGCAGCUGCCCCCUUACGAGGGAGAAGGCCCAUACUGCAACCGAACCUGGGACGGAUGGCUGUGCUGGGACGACACUCCGGCCGGAGUCCUCACCUACCAGUACUGCCCUGAUUACUUUCCAGACUUUGAUCCAACAGAAAAGGUUACAAAAUACUGUGACGAAACAGGCGUUUGGUUUAAACACCCUGGGAACAAUCAGACCUGGUCCAACUAUACGAUGUGCAAUGCCUUCACUCCCGAGAAGCUGCAGAAUGCGUAUGUUCUGUACUACUUGGCUAUUGUGGGCCAUUCUCUGUCAAUUAUCACCUUGGUGAUCUCCCUGGGGAUUUUUAUGUGUUUCCCGAGCCUUGGUUGUCAGCGAGUGACCCUGCACAAGAACAUGUUUCUGACCUACAUUCUGAACUCGAUGAUUAUCAUUAUCCACCUGGUGGAGGUUGUGCCCAACGGAGAGCUGGUGCGAAGGGACCCGGUGAGCUGCAAGGUUUUGCACUUUUUCCACCAGUACAUGAUGUCGUGCAAUUAUUUCUGGAUGCUCUGCGAAGGGAUCUACCUGCACACGCUGAUCGUGGUGGCUGUGUUUGCCAAGCAGCGGCACCUGCGCUGGUACUAUCUCCUGGGCUGGGGGUUCCCACUGGUGCCAACCACGAUCCAUGCCAUUACUCGAGCACUCUACUUCAAUGACAACUGCUGGAUGAGUGUGGAGACCCACCUGCUUUACAUCAUCCACGGCCCAGUGAUGGCAGCUCUGGUGGUCAAUUUCUUCUUUCUGCUCAACAUCGUCCGGGUGCUAGUGACCAAGAUGAGGGAGACCCACGAGGCCGAGUCGCACAUGUACCUGAAGGCCGUGAAGGCCACCAUGAUCCUGGUGCCCCUGCUGGGCAUCCAGUUCGUCGUCUUCCCCUGGAGACCCUCCAACAAGAUUCUUGGGAAGAUCUACGAUUACCUCAUGCACUCCCUGAUUCACUUCCAGGGAUUCUUCGUGGCCACUAUCUACUGCUUCUGCAACAAUGAGGUCCAGACCACCGUGAAGCGCCACUGGACACAAUUUAAAACCCAAUGGCAGCAGCGCUGGGGACGGCGUCCCACCCACCGCACCGUGUCACGCACAGCCACUUUGGCAGCCGAGGAGGGCAGCCUCCCUGUUUACAUCUGCCAUCAGGAGCCCCAGCCCGACCCGGCCUACCACGCAGGCGACGAGGGUGCCGAGAUCAUCCCGCUGCACGCCAUCGAGCAAGAGUCAUCCGCUUGA